AUGGAACAAAGAGGCGCGCAGCAAUGGGCGAGACGCUGCUUGCUCGGGUGCGUGGCUGCGGUGCUUUUGUGUAGCGUGGCUUCGGCGCAAUUAAGAUACUCGAUCUCCGAGGAAGUCGAAGAAGGAAAUGUGGUUGGGAAUGCCGCAAAAGAUCUCGGAUUGGAUAGAAAUACGCUGAAAGAGCGCAAGUAUCGGAUUGUUUCCAGUCGUGCGGAGCCUCUUUUUCACGUGAGUCAGACCGAUGGCGUCCUUUAUGUCAGCAGAAAGAUCGACAGGGAAAAGGAGUGCCCGCAAAGCAAUACGUGUUUGAUCAACUUAAAAACCGUGCUAGAAAAUCCACUGGAGGUCCACUAUGUUGGAGUGGAAGUGCUGGAUGUAAACGAUCAUUCCCCCAGUUUUCCCGAGGAAGAAACAAAACUCGAUAUUUCAGAGUCAGUGUUGCCUGGGGCAAAAUUUCAGAUGAAAGCUGCUCAGGAUGGAGAUAGUGGUUCGUUUUCAGUUCAACAAUAUAAACUCAGUGAAAAUAAUUAUUUUCGUUUGGAAGUCAAAGAUCGAGGAAAAGAUGGCAAAAUUCCCAUCUUGGUGGUUAAAAAAUCUUUAGACCGGGAGACAACAGGGCACCUUACAUUAGUGUUAACUGCACAGGAUGGAGGAAAACCUGCCAAAACGGGGGAAAUGAAUAUUUUGAUAAAUGUGUUAGAUGUUAAUGAUAAUGUACCUGUUUUCUCUAAAGAUGUUUAUUCUGUGAGGCUGCAGGAAAAUGCUGCAAGCGGAACAACUGUCAUACAAGUAAAUGCGACUGACUUAGAUGACGGAUCAAAUGGAGAGGUAGUUUAUUCUUUCAGCAACAGUAUGAAUCAAAAUAUUAUGGCUUUGUUUGAGAUCGCAAAAACAACAGGCGAACUAAUUGUGAAAGGCCCUAUAGACUAUGAGGACAACGACAUAUUUGAAAUUGAAAUCCAAGCAUCAGACAAAGGCCUUGCCCCCCUAACUACAGAGAAGAGUGUCAUCAUCAAGAUUGUUGACGUGAAUGACAAUGCCCCGGAGAUUGAAGUGACAUCAUUUUCCAGUUUAAUUCCCGAAGAUUCCCGACCCGCGACAACCGUUGCGCUCAUCAGUGUGAAUGACUUGGACUCUGGUCUCAACGGAAAAGUGAUUUGCUCCAUUGCUGAGGAUGUUCCUUUUGCUUUGUCGCCAUCAUCACAAGACAAAAUGUAUUCUUUGGUGACCAAAUCACCUUUGGACAGAGAGAAAAAGUCCAAAUAUGACAUAUCAGUAGUUGCAAGAGACGCUGGUCAACCUGCACUCUCAUCUGAAAAGACAAUCAGUGUUUUCAUUUCAGACGUGAAUGAUAACAGUCCAGAGUUUUCAUCCAGUCCUUAUACGUUUUAUCUUAGUGAGGGCAACAAUGCAGGGGGGCCCAUAUUUUCUGUCAAAGCUUUUGAUAACGAUGAGAAUGAGAAUGCGAAAAUUUCAUAUCAUAUUGUCAGAGAUGGAAGAGGUGACAACAAACUGUCUUCAUUUCUAAGUAUAAAUAGCGAAAAUGGACAAAUAUCAGCUUUAAAAAGUUUUGACUUUGAGACGCUGAAAAGUUUCCAUUUCCAAGUGGUGGCCACCGAUGGUGGAAGUCCUCCACUGAGCAGCAACGUGACAGUGAAGGUGUUCAUUCUGGAUCAGAACGACAACGCUCCAGUCAUCCUGUAUCCAGUCAGCUCCAACGGUUCUGCCGAAGGGCUGGAGGAGAUUCCCCGGAACCUGAAAGCUGGAGACUUGGUGACUAAAGUCCGAGCCUAUGACGCUGAUAUCGGAUAUAACGGCUGGUUGCUGUUUUCAUUGCAGCAAGUCAGUGACCACAGUCUGUUUUCUUUGGAUCGCUACACGGGCCAGAUCCGAACACUUCGCUCCUUCACGGAGACGGAUGACGCUGAGCAUCGACUGCUCAUCCUGGUGAAAGACAAUGGCAACGUGUCACUAUCGGCAACAGCCACUGUGAUCGUCAAACUUGUGGAGCCCAAAGAGGCUUUUGCAGCUUCCGACGUCAAAAGUGCAGCAAAAGUGGACGAGGAGGACAAUGUGACUUUUUAUCUCAUCAUCACUUUGGGGUCAGUGUCGCUCCUUUUUGUCAUCAGCAUCAUCGUGCUGAUCGCCAUGCAGUGCUCCAAAUCCACAGAGUACACUUCCAAAUAUCUGCAAGACGCCAAUUAUGAUGGCACGCUGUGCCACAGCAUCCAGUACAGAUCAGGAGACAAGCGCUACAUGCUCGUCGGACCCAGAAUGAGUAUCGGUUCGACCGUAGUCCCCGGCAGCCACGCCAACACUCUGGUGCUCCCUGACAGGAGACACACUUCAGGGGAGGUAAGAUACAUGGAGGUAUUACAUUUUAUUAUAAAUGUGAGGACAUAUGCCCCUGAAAUGGAGAAAUUGCUUCAUUGAAUUGUAACAAUUUCAAUUUUACAUAUUCUGAUACUGCCAAAGUUGUGACUUUCUGAUGUUGGUUAUCAUGUUUAAUUUGCGGGUGAAUUUAAAGUUGAUCACCUUUGAUUGACUCUGUUGGGGUCUCUGUUAAGCUCUCGGAGAGUUUGGUGCUAUAUCUGCACUCAAAACACUGUGUUGAA